AUGCCUGCCAACAAGUCGCGUGGAAGAAGCCCGCUCGUCCUCGAGCACCGAGCGCGCCUCGUCGAACAGGCCGUCAAGGCCGAACACCCUCCGCCCGCCGAAGGCGAGAAGAGUGGUGGGAAAGUGCCGCCGCGCGGCCGUUCGUCAUCCGCCGACCGCGCGAAAAGCCCCAACAACCUCGACGUAGGGCUUCUAUUAGUGCGGGCAAAAUACCUGCCGUGUUUAGAUUGUUCUCGACCACCGUGCCCCCUCGUCGAGGCCGCCCAGGCCGAACACCAGCCGCCCGCUGAGGGCCACAAGCGAGCGGAGGAAGCGCCGGAGGCCGCAGCUGCCGCAGCGAGCCGAUCUCCAUCUACUGGCCGCUCCAAAAGCCCCAACAACCUGCAAAUCGUCCUCGAGCACCACGGGCGCCUCCUCGAACAGGCCGCCAAGGCCCCUGAAGGCGACAAGGAUGAUAGGAAAGUGCCGUCCCGCGGCCCUUCGCCAGCUGCCGACCGCGCGAAGAGCCCGAACAAUAUGGAGAUCGUCCUCGAGCACCACGGGCGGCUCCUCGAACAAGUGGCCCGUGAUGAUCGCGACCGUCGCGCCCCCACCCCGGAGGAAUUUCUGUUCCGUAGCAGCCGACCGAUAUCCUUUUUUCAUCAUUUACAUGUCGCUUUCCAGAAGGGAGACCGUGUUCUCUCUGUGUUGACCGGCAACCUGCGAGGAAAGCCAAGCCCGCCGUACCUCUACAAGAUCGGAAAAAGUCAAGAGCUCACCCGCGUCCAGGAGCGCCGGCUCUUGGUGCGGAUUCCGGAUGUGUUGGAGAAGACGCUGGAAGAGCUCUGCAUCUGCUGUGACGCCACCGACAUCUACAUUGCCAAGGGGCCGCUGAAGCUUUGCAGGAAGUGCUGGGACUCGGUCCGGGGUUGGACAGGAGUCCUCCACCGCUGCGAUCCCAACGAGCCGUCGCACCAGGAAAACGCCAACAACCCGUUCUCGACGCUCAAAGGGGACAACUGCCUGGAGUGCAAGACCCGGCGCGCUGUGCAACACGGAUGGUCGCCGAUUCGAAUCGGUCAUAUUGGUGCCGUCAACACGAUGCCGAACUACGAAAAAGUGCUCGAGCUGUCCCGCCAGGAGCUGCUGGCCGACGGGACGUUUGGAGAUGAUUUUGAUGUCGAAGUAAUCAACAAGAACGGCUGCGGUGAUGCGUUCGAAGGGGUGGCUGCGGCUGCCGAUAUGUACCACGUCGACAAAGUGAUGGCAUUCCUCGGGCCCUACUGUAAUUCUGAAAUGGUCCCCGUCGCCACGAUGGCAGCCUACUGGAACAAGCCGAUCAUCGCCUACAUGGCCACCUCGAACGCGCUGGCCGACAAGAAGAUCUACAAGACGUUGGCCAGAGUCUCAAUCCGGACGAUCAACACCCAGGCCGAGGCCACCGGCGCGUUCAUUCGUCACUAUAAAUGGCGAAAAGUGGCUUUUGUGACGAAUGCUGGGGCGGCAGCGUAUGAAAAGAUUGUCGCCUUCGAGAAGGUCUUCCGCCGCAUGGGCGUCAACGUCGUCAAGAAGAUCGUUUUCGACGAGACGGCCACCGCCCAGGACAUGAUCAGCAGCGGCCAGAUCGACGAGAUCAAGACGACCAGCAGAAUCGUUAUCGCGCUGUUCUCCUCGGUUCGUGACCUCACCACCGAAUUCCGCAAGGCUACGGAAGCGUCCGGGCUGUCCACCUCGGAAUACGUUUUCGUCUUCCCCUCAAUCCAGGAAGGAGCUAAUGGGGCAUCUCCAUUUGUUGGAUCCUCAAACGACAUGCUCGACGCGGUCAAGAAGAAUUAUGCUAAUUGCAUUCUGAUCGAUGACGUCAACGGAUUCGACGAUCGUUUGAUGACGCCCUUCUUGGAGCGUUUGUCUGCGAUUGGGCUCGGAGCUGAGGAUAUCGAUUUGAAAAACAUCUACGGCUACAUCUCGCUCUACGACUCCAUGAAGAUUUUCGGGCUCGCUGGGCGCCGUGUGCUGGAGGCGACCAAGAAUUUCUCGGAGAUCACCAACGGCAAGCGAAUGUUUGAUACGAUGAGGAGGAUGACGUUCUCGGGGAUGGCCAGCGUGGCUGGAAGCGGCUCCGGAACUGUACUGCUUGAUGACCAGGCGGAGAGGUUGCCGUUUUAUAGCGCCUUCUACGUCUCAGCCGAACGUAAUCGUGUCCUCUCCAUCUGCAACAUCACCCCCUCCCUGAUGCCUGCUUCAAAAUGUUCAAAAGAAGAGGACAACCCCGGCUGCGUAGACAUCGUCAGUAGUCCGCUCGGCUACAAACUACAACCGCAGUCGCCCACCAAAGACACUUUUCAAGUAUCGGAUGUGCAAUCUGGGUUCUGGAAUUCCGUCGGAGGACAAAUGCCGAUUGAUGAGCCGGCCUGUGGAUUCCGAGGGGAAAAG